AUGUAUCAUCAGCAAGCGUCGAACGAUGCUUAUGGCACGCCUUACCAACCUACCUACGCGGGGCAGCACACAGCAUGGACACAGCAGAUGUCGCAAAACGUGCCACUGCCCAACGUCUUCAACGAUUCGUUUCAUAGCAUGCAAAACCCUCCGUUUCCCCCAUUCACUCAGCCUCCGCAGCCCCAGUACCCGCAGUCUCCGCAGCCCGAAUACCCACAGCCUCAAUAUACGCAGCCUCAGUAUAAGCAACCCCCACCGCCACUGAGACGAACGUCGGUCCAGCUGCGCUGGGAGGAUUAUCUCCAAAGCGACGAGAGCUCAGAGACUCUAACAGGAAACGACACUUACAUCAAGCAGGUGACAUCGGAGUUAGAGCAGCGCGCCAUAUCUGACCAGCGUCUUGAGCAGCUGCAGAACCAGGUCGACCAUGCUCACGCGCAGGCGGUCGAGAAAGAACGGCGCCUGAAAUGGGCACAGGAAAUGAUCAUAUCGAACCCGGCGGUCAGUGCCGAGAUAUACUGUGCCAUGUCGAGGCGCGCGGCCUCGCCGUCGUCGGCCGCCACGACACCAUCGGCCGACGGCAGGGCCGGCGGCUUCUUCAGCCGGCAGCCAUCCAGCCACGGCAGCCCCACGUGA